AUUUGCUAUUUAAACGAUGUGGGCGCUGGACGGGAAACUGACAACUGGGUCGGUCUUAAACUAGCAAAGACAGUUGCGUCGGGCUUUGCGCUGCGCUGUGCCGGGUGCGAGAUAGAACCCUAAAGCUCUUAAGCAUGUCGCUGAACCAAAGUAGACACUCAGUUCUGCUUCCAUAAACUUUUUUUUUUUAUCUCAAAUUCAUCUAAAGUUCAUGUUUUUGGAAUGUGUGUCAUGAAAUUUGGCAUGAACCAAAUAAAACAAACGUCUGGAAUCUGGAAGUGGUGGCUUCGUGUACCAAUGGACGGACUGCAUCCCCAUCUCUACCGCCACACAACUAGCAUCGCUAAAAAUCCUGAAUAUUGUUUCUGAAACCAUUAGGAAAUACUAUAUUGUUUAGGCCAGUGGCUUCCAAAGUCCUUGAAUCAUUCAUUUUCACUAUAAUUCCAUCCGUACAUAACACAACGACAGAAUGUAUUACUAUUUUUGGUCAUAGGUAUCAUACACUUUCUGUUAGCAAAAGUCCCAUCAGAUUGGAAAACCUGGAACUAAAUCUUCAGUUCAGGACUGUUGAUGUGGAAAAGGUUUGGGAGCCACUGGGUUUAUGCAACAGACAACCACACUGUGUAAUCAACAAACAUGUCCUACUCAGAUGUCUUUCAUUAAAUGCAUUCAUUUCAUUUACACGGUUGAAGCGUUUUUAUCUCUAUAAAGUCUCAUGCUUUCAGGCAAACUUCAGGCGUGCUCAAAACGACUUUAGGAGGACAAGGUAUCUCUCAGCCAGAAAGCCAGCCCCGUUCUCUCUCUCUCUCACUGCUGUCGGAUUGCGUGAGAGAAUCAACUCAUCCCGUUUACGGUAAAACAACAUGAUGCCACACGGUGGGCGUGCAAUGCUGGAACUCAUUUUUUUAUUUACGGAAAUCGAAGCUCCAGAGAAGUGAAGAUGCCGAAAUACUUUCCAUUGAAAGAACUCAGGUUUAUUGUGCCAGCCUUUGUGCAACUAAUCCCCCUCCACCCACCCAGGCUACACAUUAAGCACACAAUCACAACCAGAUGUUGAGCUUCUUUUAAAAGCCCUUAGUUCUCAGAGUAGGGCUGCUGCUCUGAGACCAGUUUGGCUCUCUUUUAGUGUUAAGCAUCUUAUUGAUAUGUGACCUUAGCAGUGCUCCUAAAUCAGCGCCUCGUUUGUAGAGACUCCAUUCGUGGACUCGUACUCCACCUCCCCGAGCACAGCAGCAGAGACGCACACUGGUCUCCAACCUCCAGAAGCAUUUGUUCCAUACAGCACAGGCCAGUUUUUAGACAUUACCGAGAGAACAUGGAGCAUUUGGUCUUGGUGGUUCUGGGUCUGCUGCUGUCGCCCCACUGUCUCCGGGCACAAAGCAGCAGCAACAGGGCAAACUGCAAGCCAGUGACGGCCAGCUUUUGUCAGGGUGUGGGAUACACCACCACCCCGCAUCCCACUGGAGCGCUGGGCUUCAACCUGCAGCAGACGGGUCAGAUUGUGGAGACGGCUUGCUCGCCGCACGUCGCCGUGCUCAUGUGCCGCGUCGUCGUGCCCGAGUGCGGCUCGGAGGACAACAGCAGGAUGAAGCCGUGCCGAGCUCUGUGUGAGAAGGUGAAGACGGACUGCGAGUCUGCCCUCAGAGCCAAGAGGCUGCUCUGGCCCACCAGGCUCCGAUGUGAAACUCUACCAGAGUCCAACUGUGUGCAGGGUCAAGACACCAGGGUAGCUCCAACCUCUCCUGCAACAUGUCAGACCAUCAGCGUCCAUCUCUGCAUAGACAUGCCGUACACGGAGACGGUUCUGCCCAACCUCCUGGGCCACACGAGCCAGGAGGAAGCGAGCCUGGUGUUACAGACGUUUAGUCCAAUUAUACAAGUGGGCUGCUCCUCCGAGCUGAGGCCUUUCUUGUGCUCCGUCUACACUCCUAAGUGCGUGUCAGGAAUACCUCGGCCUCCCUGCAGAACGCUCUGCGAGAAGGCCAGGUCCGGCUGCGAGUCCCUGAUGAACAAGUUUGGCUUCCAGUGGCCAGAAGCGCUCAGGUGUGAAGCAUUUACCACAGAGUCCUGCGAUAAGAGUCAAGACAUGAGUUUUACUCACACGUCCUUUGCAACCUGUGAGCCAAUCAGCGUUCCUCUCUGCGUAGGCCUGCCGUACACUGAGACCGUCCUGCCCAACGCUCUGGGCCACAAAUCUCAGGAGGAUGCAGGCAUGGAAAUACAUCAGUAUUCUCCGCUUGUAAAAGUGGAGUGCUCCCCUCACCUGAAGCCUUUCUUGUGCUCCGUCUACACUCCCGAGUGUGUGUCAGGAACACCUCGGCCUCCCUGCAGAACGCUCUGCGAGAAGGCCAGGUCCGGCUGCGAGUCCCUGAUGAACAAGUUUGGCUUCCAGUGGCCAGAAGCCCUCAGGUGUGAAGCAUUUACCACAGAGUCCUGUGAACACUACGGGGUGGGCAGCAGCGGGGGGUUCUGUGAGCCGAUCACCAUACCGAUGUGCCAGGGCCUCUCCUACAACCAGACCAUCACUCCUAAUCUUCUGGGACACACAAGCCAGAGGGACGCGGUGGUGAAGAUGUCCUUUUUCAACUCGAUGGUGCAGACUAUGUGCUCGGUGGACAUCCGGCUGUUUGUUUGUACGGUGUACGCCCCCCAGUGCGUGGCGGGGGAAGUGCAGCGGCCCUGCAGGUCCUUCUGCGAGAGGGCCAGACAAGGCUGCGAGGGUCUGAUGAACAGCUUUGGCCUUUCCUGGCCGGACGAGCUGCAGUGCAACUUAUUCCCAGAGGAAAUGUGUAUAUCAGAAGACAGAAGGCCUGAUAUGCUGAGUGCUGAAGGUGUCCUUGCUAAGCUGAACGCCGGUGGCUACUCUGUUCGUGGCAAAUCCCUGAGUCUCAAGACGGCCCGCCUCCUGUUGACUCUCAUGGAUGCGGACAAGACUGGAGACCUGGAUGUGGUGGAGGUCUUCAAACUGGAGCACUACGUGGCUGCUACCAGGAGGGAGUACGUGGAGAGCUACGAGAAGAGGAGCCCACCCUCCGUCACGCAAACCCAAAUGAAAAAGAUUCUGUCUGGCCGGAAUUUCGAUUUAGACGAUGAAACCUUCAGAGUUCUGUGGUACGAGCACAACUCCAAAGGUGGGAUCGACUACGAUGAGUUUGUGGCCGUUGUGACAAAACUUCAUAUCCUCAGAGAUCGUUUCCAGGCUCAUCUGCUGAAUUUGCCGUGUGACUGCCAAGUCGCCAGCUUCUCUUUCAAGCAGUUCAUGAAAUCAGCCUUACUCUGAGGAUCAAACAGGAGCUGAAAAGGGAAAUUAGUACCACAGCUGUUUAGAGCUGUUGGGACCAUAUACUGUAUGUCCUUAUGAUCAUCUUCCAUUAACACGUUUCCAUUCUUAAAGUACAGAAACAUUAAAGGAAAACUAAACACUGAAAAUAA